AUGGUGAGCAGGAGACUCGGGGAGGGAGACGGCGACGACGGCGAGGCGGGCGUUCUCGACACUCCAGACAGGGAGAAGAAGUGGGGAGACGAUCCCGAGACGCCUCUGCCCGGCCGGUCAAAGCGCACGCGGGCGAGCGGCGCAAAGGGCGUUUCGAACCUGACAUUGCGCGACCAGGAAAAGCACAUCGACCAGCUGAAGAAGGACAAUUUCAACCUGCAGCUCAAGGUACACUUCCUGGAGGAGCGGCUGGCGCAGCUUGCGCCGGACCAGAUGGAGACCGCGCUGAAGCAGAACAUCAACCUGAAGAUCGAGGUGCAGCAGGCGCGCAUGGAGCUGAAGCGGUCGAAGAAGCUGCUGCUCGAGCAGACGAAGGAGCUCGAGCGGCUGCAGAAGGACAAGGGCCGCGGGCGCGAGCGGGAGCUGGAAGAGAAGCUGGAGGAGCGCGAGCGCGAGAUCCGCGAGCUAAGGCGGCGCAAGGCGAUUGGCCCGGACGACGCGCUGCUGCGGGACCUGGAGAACCGGAACGCGGAUCUGGAGGAGCGCGCGGCUGCACUCGAGUACGAGUUGGAGAGCGCCAAGGCUCUUCUGGAGGAUAACCAGGACGAGCUGGACAGGAUGAGGGACAUCGUCGAACGCAGAGGUGACACGUCGAUCGACGAGGCAGGCGAGAGUAGGCGGGAUCGCAUGAAGAGGCGGAUAGAGGAGCUGGAGGCUGAGAACGAGGAUUUGAGGGUCGUGGUGGAUGACCAAGCCGAGCGGAGCGAGUCUCGUGCGCAGAUCAUGGAGGAAAGGCAGGAGCGAGAGCUGGUCGAGGAGGACAUGAACGCUGUCAGGGACAGGCUGGCGGCCAUCACGAUUGAGCUGCAGCAGAAGGAGGACGAGCUCGAUAUGAAGAAUGCCGAGAUCGACGACCUGAUAGCGGAGCAUGAACGGGACGUGCAGGUUCUGGAGCAGCAAUGGCGGGGCGAGGUUGAAGAAGCCAGGGCGUUGGUGGAGGAACUUCGUGACGUAAGUUCUGUGCUCCGUCCUGUCAUUGUCAUUGCCGAGCGUGACGCAGAGUCUAAAGAACUGCGGAUGCACAUUGCGGACUUCGAGGCUAACAACGAGGAUAUGCACGCCAAGUUCGAAGCUGCCCUCGCACAUCUCGAACGCGAGGCCGAUGAGAAGGAUGCAGAGGUCGAGGCUGGCAAUCGCGAGAUCGAACGUCUCGGGCAGCAAGUGUACAAUCUUGAAGACGAGAUCGAACAGCUGAGGUCGGACAGCGAACGCAAUGCCGAAGACUGGGCGGUUGAGCGUGAACGGCUAGAAGCUACUUGUGCAGCUCUCAAAGACGUGAAUGAACUCUCGCGGCAUAUUGAAGAUCUCGUGGAUGAGCUCCGGCGUGAACGUGAAAGCCGAGAGGACGCUCAGUCCCAGAUCACAGCGGUCCAACAAGAACACGACAUCGAAAUCCGCAGGGAACGCCGAGCACUUGAGGCCAAGGAAUCGGCGCUCGAGUCGGCACUCAACGACCUUGCGCGGACGCAGUCGCUCCUUGCGCAACGAGAUGCGGACCUUUCUGCAGUGCAGACUGCGCUGCAGACGCUCGAGGCGGAGUCAAAGAAGCUGGGCGAGUCCCACACUACCGCCAAGUUCUCGAUGCAGCUGGAGGUCGAUCGCCUCAAACGCGAUCUGGAGCGAGUCGAGGAUGAACUUGCCCGUGCAAGGAAGGAGCUCGAUAAUCGCGACGGCAAGACGCGCGAGCGUGAUGGUGUUAUCGACAAGCUGCACGCCGAGAACCGUGACUUGGCUGCUCAGCUCGCGGCGCAGACGCAGGCGAGGCUGAACUUGUCUGAGAAGCUGGAUGGCGUUCAGGCUCAGUUGAAGACCGCCGAAUCGGAUGUGGCGACGUUCCGGUCUCGGGUUGCUGAGCUCGAGCAACGUUUGUCGAAGGAUCAGAGGUCCUUACUGGCGGCGGAAGCUCAAUACCGUGAUCAGUUGACAGAGCGGAAUACGCUCUUGUUGACGAUCUACCAAUAUAUGGACAAGAUUCUCGGAGUUGACAAGACACCACCAUACACCAACUUCAGCGUCUUCCACGACAACUUGAUCACCCGGUUGAAGUCUCUCAGUCAAAUCCAAUUGGACUUCGACAAGCGGUGUAAGGAUGUGGAAGCCAAGUACAUCGACAAAUUGACAGACUUGAAGAGACAACUUGACCAGCGAUGGAAGCAGAUCGACAAGUUCGAGGCCAGCCUGAAGAACAUUGCCGAUGCCAAGGCCGCCUGGCGCCGUCAACUGAGCGCAAAGGAUGGAGAAUUAGAGGCUCUUAAGGCGAGUUCAUCGAAGCUUACGGCUCAGUUGUCCAAACUCAAGCGCCCCAACGACGGCGAGUCCAUGGAGAUUAGGUCUCUCCGAGCAAGAGCUGCCAACGCGGAACGUCGGAUGAUCAACGCUCAGAAUCAGCUAGCAGCUGCAGAGGAACGCCUUGCCACUGCCAGUCAGAAGACUACGGCCGCUGACAGCAAGUGGGAGGCUCGGGUGAAAGAGUACGAAGCUAGAAUCAAAGCUGCCGAGGAGAAAGUCAAGCGCGAGAGGCAAGGGCACAAGGAGCGCAUCCUCGAACUUGAGAGUCAGCUUGAAUCCCUCAAGAGGCAAAAAGAGCUUGAAACGAAGCGUAAGAAACAAUUGGAAGAGAUCAUGGAGGCCAAUAAAGUCUCCUCUCCAUCCAAGUGA